AAAACAUUAUGCAAUGUGGGCUGACUCUGAGGAAUAAAACCUAUAAAAGGACCAGCAAAUUGGAUUCAGCCUUUCUUCUUCACGCUGGCCAUGCUUGAAGGCUGAUGAGACAAAGGCUGACAGAGAAGCUUACUGGAGGAAACCUACUUCAUUGAGAGGUUCUCAGCCUGGACAUGAAUAUGUUGGUCCACCUCUGGCUUCUCUGUGGUCUGAUCACUGCUGUGACCCCUCAGAAUGUCAACCAACAAGCCCAAAAUUUUCUAGAACAGUUUAACAGGAUGGCAGAAAAUAUCAGCUACGAGAGCUCCAUUGCCUCAUGGAACUACAACACCAACAUCACUGAGGAGAACGCCAAGAAAAUGAACGAGGCAAGUGCCAAGUGGUCUGCAUUUUACGACGAGGCCUCUAGGAAUGCCAGCAGCUUCCCAGUAGACAGCAUUGAGGAUAACCUCAUCAAGCUCCAGAUCCAGAUUCUCCAGGACAGAGGAUCAUCUGUGCUGUCACCAGAAAAAUAUAACAGACUGGGCACUGUGCUAAGUACAAUGAGUACCAUCUACAGCACUGGGACCGUCUGUAAAACCAAUGAUCCAUCUGAGUGUUUGGUGCUGGAACCAGGUCUGGAUGCUAUUAUGGCUGACAGCACUGAUUAUCAUGAGAGACUGUGGGCCUGGGAAGGCUGGAGAGCUGAUGUUGGCAGGAUGAUGAGACCAUUAUACGAAGAGUAUGUUGAGCUUGAAAACGAGGUUGCGAAGCUUAAUAAUUAUUCUGACUAUGGAGAUUACUGGAGAGCAAAUUAUGAAGCAAAUUUUCCAAAAGAUUAUGAAUACAGCCGUGACCAGCUGAUAGAAGAUGUGGAGAAGACAUUUGAGCAGAUAAAACCUCUGUACCAGCAGCUGCAUGCCUACGUGAGACACCACCUGGAGCGAGUGUACGGCCCCAAGCUCAUCAGCUCCACAGGAUGCCUCCCUGCUCACUUGCUGGGUGAUAUGUGGGGUAGGUUUUGGACAAAUCUGUAUGCCUUGACUGUUCCCUAUCCAGCCAAACCCAACAUUGACGUAACUGAUGCAAUGGUUCAAAAGGGGUGGACUGCAAAUAAAAUAUUCCAAGCUGCUGAGGCCUUCUUCACCUCCGUUGGCCUUUAUAACAUGACUGAGGGCUUCUGGACAAACUCUAUGCUCAUAGAGCCGACUGAUGGCAGGAAGGUUGUCUGCCACCCAACGGCAUGGGAUCUGGGGAAUAACGAUUACAGGAUCAAGAUGUGCACCAAAGUGACCAUGGAUGACUUCCUGACUGCACACCACGAGAUGGGCCACAUCGAGUACGACAUGGCAUACUCUGCACAGCCCUACCUGCUGAGAAGCGGUGCCAACGAGGGCUUCCAUGAAGCAGUAGGGGAAAUAAUGUCGCUUUCUGCAGCCACUCCUGAGCACUUGAAAUCUCUUGAUCUCCUAGAGCCAACCUUCCAAGAGGAUGAAGAAACUGAAAUCAACUUUCUGCUCAAGCAAGCACUAACAAUUGUUGGAACAAUGCCUUUUACUUACAUGCUUGAGAAGUGGAGGUGGAUGGUGUUUAGGGGUGACAUUACAAAGGAGGAAUGGACAAAACGGUGGUGGGAGAUGAAGAGACAAAUAGUUGGUGUUGUGGAACCAGUCCCUCAUGAUGAAACCUAUUGCGACCCUGCAGCACUGUUCCAUGUGGCCAAUGAUUACUCCUUCAUAAGGUAUUACACCCGGACCAUCUAUCAGUUCCAGUUUCAGGAGGCACUUUGCAAGGCAGCUAACCAUACUGGCCCUCUUCACAAAUGUGAUAUAACCAACUCCACUGCAGCUGGUGAGAAGCUGAGACAAUUGCUGUCAUUAGGCAGAUCCAAGCCCUGGACUGAAGCACUGGAAAGUGUAACAGGAGAGAAAUACAUGAAUGCAACACCUUUGCUCCACUACUUCGAACCUUUAUAUGAAUGGCUGAAAAAAAACAAUUCUGGAAGAUUCAUUGGUUGGAAAACAGACUGGGCUCCAUAUUCCAGUGAUGCCAUCAAAGUGCGCAUCAGCCUGAAGUCAGCGCUGGGGGACCAGGCGUAUGAAUGGGAUGACAACGAGCUCUUCCUGUUCAAGUCAUCCAUCGCCUAUGCCAUGAGAAAAUACUAUGCAGAGGUGAUGAAAGAGAAAGUUAACUUCCAGAUUACAGACAUUCAUGUUGGGGAACAAACACAAAGGAUCUCUUUCUACCUGACUGUCAGCAUGCCAGGUAACAUCAGUGAUAUUGUGCCCAAAGCUGAUGUGGAAAAUGCCAUCAGGAUGUCUCGGGGACGAAUCAAUGAGGCUUUCAGGUUGGAUGAUAACACGCUGGAGUUUGUGGGCAUACUUCCAACCCUGGCCGCACCUUAUGAACCACCAGUCACCAUCUGGUUAAUUGUAUUUGGGGUGGUCAUUGGUCUGGUUGUCAUUGGAGUUAUUGCCUUGAUCAUCACUGGCCAAAGAGAUCGCAAAAAGAGAGCAAGAGAAAGUAGAGUUGAAGCAGGAUCAAACCCUGAAGCAGUGAACCCUUAUGCUGAAGAGGGAAAAAGCAACCUGGGCUUUGAGCCAUCUGAAGAGACACAAACAUCAUUUUGAAAGAUGUGGGUACACUAAGGGUUUCUGGUUUUUUUUCAUUUCACUUUUAACAAUAGUGCCUAGCAAAGGACUAAAACGCUAUGGGAUGUCUUCAAACAUAAUGUCUUCUGGUUGACCAUUAAUCUACUGAUUCAUGGCCAGUAUCAUCUAAAUCUGCUGUUUAUGUGGUAACUAGAAAACAUGCAAAAGUCGAAGAUAUAUAUGUCUUGUGGCUUUUCUAUGAAUUAUGUACAUAACAUUACACACUCUUCGUGCUGCUUUUCAUAAGUGUGCCAACUUCUCCUUGUUUCCUCCGUAAUGAGAUAUGAAAGCUUGGAAGUAUAUAGCUGUAUAGAGAUCAAUACACACAUGAAAAUAACUCAUAUACUCCUGAGGAACAUCUUGAUCUUUCCAGAUGGAGACCUCAAAAGUGGAUCUGAUAGACAGUGAGGAAAAGAAAACCACCUGACCACCAGAAGAACUUUAGUGAUGAAGAACUCAAUUUGAUAUGAAACAACUGCAAUUUUUGCACCUUCAAGAAAUCUGUAUCGAUGCAAAAUGGAUACUGGAUGAAGACUAACGAGUACUGGAACUUUAUUAGGAAGUUGUAACAUAAAUUAUUUUUCUAACUGUUUGCUUGAUAAGUAUUGUAGAGACCAAAUAGCCCAUGCUCUCUCAGAAAAAAAAAAAAAGUUAAAAUAUUGCUGUGUCAUGUUGUCAUUAAAAAUGGAAUAAAA